CGUUUAACCCGUGUUUUUAUUUCUAAAUUCUAAUUUAUAAUUUAUUCAAAUUUCCUUGACAAACUCUCAAAGGCAACUAUUUAGUAUAUCCAAAGACUCUUUUAUCCUCAAUCCUUUCUUCCCAUGCAUGUCCACUCAAACUUUUUUUUCCCUCUCUGUAUAUUAAGCGACAAGUUCCCAAACAAACUCUAAAAGUACAUCAAUCUUGUUGAAACAGUACUAUUUCAGGUAAAAAAACAGAAAAAGAGAGCUACAAAAAUGGUGGCUGCAGGGCCAGGUUUUGGAAGUGGUGGCAUGCCAAACAUGAAGAGCUUUGCUUUUCAUAUCCUAACAGGGCCAUGGCUAAUGGUUUUCGGAUCGUUGUUGAUCAUGUCUGCCGCUGGUGCAACCUACAUGUUUAGCCUCUACUCCACUGACAUUAAAACAUCGCUUGGAUAUGAUCAAACCACCCUCAAUAUGCUCAGUUUCUUCAAGGAUUUAGGCAGCAAUGUUGGAGUCAUUUCAGGCCUGAUAGCAGAGGUCACACCCCCCUGGUUCGUUCUAUCGGUUGGGGCAGUCCUCAACUUUUUUGGGUACUUCAUGAUUUGGUUGGCCGUCACCAAAAGAAUAGCUAGACCUCAAGUUUGGCACAUGUGUUUGUACAUUUGUAUCGGUGCCAAUUCUCAAUCUUUUGCCAACACUGGAUCUCUUGUUACCUGUGUCAAGAAUUUCCCCGAAAGCAGGGGCGUUGUGCUGGGAAUCCUGAAAGGUUAUGUUGGCCUGAGUGGUGCAAUUAUAACUCAAUUGUACCAUGCUUUUCAUGGUGAUGAUUCUAAGGCCUUGAUUUUGCUUAUUGGCUGGCUUCCGGCUGUUAUCUCACUUUGUUUUGUCAGAACAAUUCGGAUCAUGAAGGUGGCUCACCAGGCGAACGAGCUCAAAGUUUUCUACAAAUUUCUCUACAUCUCCCUUGGUCUUGCUUCUUUCCUGAUGGUUAUUAUCAUUGUAGAGAAAAAAUUUGUGUUCACACAGCCUGAAUAUGGUGGCAGUGCUGCCAUGGUUCUUUUCUUGAUGUUUUUGCCACUUGGUGUUGUGAUUAUAGAAGAAUACAAGCUUUGGGAGGCCAAGAAUAAGGCCUUAAAUGACCCUUCUCCAUUGAAAAUUGUCACCGAGAAGCCAAGUUCAGAGGUGUCCAAGGAGAACCUUGAGGUUCCCUCAUCAUCAAGCACAGCAAAGAUUUUAGCCUAUAACGAGUCAAGCAAUGAUCAAGCCAAUGUUUCCUGCUGGAAAACAGCAUUCAAGGCACCAAACAGAGGGGAAGACUACACAAUUUUGCAGGCACUUUUCAGCCUUGACAUGCUCAUUCUUUUCCUGGCCACAGUUUGUGGCGUUGGGGGUACCUUAACAGCAAUUGACAAUCUGGGACAGAUUGGAACCUCCUUGGGGUACCCUAAAAGAAGCAUAAGCACAUUCGUAUCCCUUGUGAGUAUAUGGAAUUAUCUUGGCAGAGUUACAUCAGGUUUCGUAUCAGAAAUUUUCUUGUCUAAAUACAAGUUUCCUAGACCUCUAAUGCUCACCCUUAUCAUGCUUUUCUCAUGUGUUGGUCACCUUUUCAUAGCCUUCGGUGUCCCUGGUGGCCUUUAUAUUGCAUCAGUAAUCAUUGGGUUCUGCUUUGGGGCUCAAUGGCCAUUACUUUUUGCUAUAAUUUCUGAAAUAUUUGGCCUCAAGUACUAUUCUACGUUGUACAAUUUUGGAUCAGUUGCCAGCCCUAUUGGGUCCUACGUACUUAAUGUGAAAGUGGCUGGGAAUUUGUACGAUAAAGAGGCUAAGAAGCAAAUGGCUGCUUUGGGAAGAGUAAGGAAGGCCGGUGAGGAUCUGGAUUGCAAUGGGGUUGAGUGCUUCAAAUUGUCCUUCAUUAUAAUCACAGCUGCCACACUGUUUGGCACUUUUGUAUCAUUGAUUUUGGCACUCAGGACAAGAAAAUUUUAUAGAAGUGACAUUUACAAAAAGUUCCGAGAGGAGGUGAAAGCAGCUGAGAUGGAGAUCGCAGCUGCCGGAGACGCAAUUGGAUUGCCGGAUGUAAAGCCUACCCGAAAUGGCAUCAGUCGUCCAGAGGGAAAAAGUACCGGAAGCGGCGUUGGAUCCGAGGCCAAGGCAGGGUAGGGAUAUUGUACUAUUGUAAACCUCUAACUAGUAGGAUAGAUGUAGGUAUGGAAAAAGAUGGGAGAAAAGUCUCAUUGAAUAAAAAUGCACAUUUGAUAUAGUGAGAUUUUCUUUGGAUUUUCUUUUUUUUUUUUUAUAAUUCUUAUUGGUGUUUGUGCUAAAAACAAAAAAAAACUCCUAGGGUUGUUUUAUAAAUUUUACAGGGUUUUGAAUAAACAUGACAAGUCGGCAGCUUAGGCAACAGUCAUAUCAGGGUUGACAAAG